GCCUCUUUGGGCCCUUUCUUGUCCAGAUGUGUGGGACUCCAAUACCCAUCGUGCAGCAUGGCCUGGGAUAAUGGAAACCUGGGACAUCUGAAUAAAUUAGCAAGGCUUGCCAGCCUGCUUGCAGAGCCGCCAUUUCAAUCCAUGGCUCUGGGCAGCUUCCAGUUCAAAACCUACGUGGCAAACUGAAAACAAUGUUGUUGUUGUUGUUGUUAGUUGUGAAGUCGUGUCCGACCCAUCGCGACCCCAUGGACAACGUUCCUCCAAGCCUUCCUGUCCUCGACCAUCCUCUGGAGUCCAUCUAAGAUCACAACGACUGCUUCAGUGACUCCAUCCAGCCACCUCGUUCUCUGCCGUCCCCUUCUUCUUUUGCCCUCAGUCUUUCCCAGCAUUCGGCUCUUCUUCACGGUCCAGAUUCCAGGCCUGAAGGAUGGCGCAGGAGAGACGGAGCGCCGACGGGCUGCCCGCCCCGUGCAUCCUUGGCAUCGAUCUGGGUACCACGUCCGUCAAAGUGGCCCUGCUGGAGAAAACGAACAAGGGCCCAUCCCUGGUCGCCAGCUGCACCAAGCCGGUGCAGGCCGAUGUGCCCAUCAAAGAUGCUCAGUUGCGGGAGAAUGAACAGGAUGUCCACGGAAUCAUCGAAGCCUUAAACAGUUGUCUGCUGACUCUUCCUCCGGCUUUUACGCAAAGAGUUUGCUGCAUUGGCGUUUCUGGACAAAUGCACGGGGUGAUGUUUUGGGAAGCUGGAAAAGGUAGCAAAUGGACCGAAAGUGGAGGCCGGUGGAGUUUUGAGCCGGACAAAGUCAGUCACCUCAUCACCUGGCAAGAUGGCCGCUGCAGCCCCAAAUUCCUCUCUUCCCUCCCUGCGCUGCGUUCGCAUCUCAGCGUGUCUUCCGGCUACGGCUGCGCCACUAUCUUCUGGCUCUUGAAGAACAGGCCAGAUUCCCUGACGCCCUUCACUGCUGCUGGAACCAUCCAGGACUACGUCGUAGCCAUGCUUUGCGGCCGAGAGAAGCCCCAGAUGUCCGUGCAAAAUGCUGCUGCCUGGGGAUACUUCAGUAGCCUAGAAAAAUCCUGGAACACUAAACUUUUGAAAAGCUCCGGCUUUCCUAUCCGCUUGCUUCCUGAAGUGGUCGAUUCCGGAGAUCUUGCUGGGGAAACCUGCCAGGCGUGGCACCGGAUCCCAGCCGGGACCAAGGUUGGGGUAGCCCUGGGCGAUUUCCAGUGCUCGGUUUACUCUUGCAUGUCGGAAAACAGCGAUGCAGUUCUCAACGUCGGGACCUCGGCCCAGCUGGCGGUCUCCAUGCCCCCCGGGUUUCAGCCCGUGGAGUCCCCCGAUCCGAAUUCCCCCGUACAGUAUUUCCCGUAUUUCGACAACCGCUACCUGGCAGUGGCUGCUUCGCUCAACGGCGGAAACGUGAUGGCGACUUUCGUGAAGAUGCUAGUUGGAUGGAUGGCUGAGCUAGGGAUCGAAGCCUCCGAAUCGGCUCUCUACCAGCCGAUGAUCAAAGCCGGGCUGAGCCACGCCGAUACCCGUCUUCACAUCUGCCCCACCGUCUUCGGAGAACGGCACGCACCCGCCAGUCUGGCUUCGGUGACGGCGAUCGCGGCCUCCGAUAUUUCCCUGGGGCACGUGGUCCGGGCCUUGUGCCGAGGGAUAGUCCGAAACUUGCACUCCAUGCUGCCCUCCGCGAGCUUGAAGGAGGCCGGGGCGAAACGGAUCGUGGCCAGCGGAAGCGGACUCUGCCGAAACGAGGUGAUGAAGCAGGAAGUGGAGAAGGCCUUCGCUCUCCCCGUGGUCUACGGCAAAGUCGCCGAUGCAGCCGUGGGCGCGGCUUACGUGAUGCUGAAGAGGAAUUACGGCACAACAGAGCCGGAAGGGACCUUGGAGGUCUUCUAGUCCAACCCCCUGCUCAAGCAGGAGAUCCUACGCCAUUCCAGACUAAUGGCUGUCCUUAAAAACUUCCAGCGAUGGAGCACCCACAACUUCUGGUGGCAAGCUGUUCCACUGGUUGAUUGUUCCUCACUGUUGGGAAAUUCCUCCUUAGUUCUAAGUUGCUUCUCUCUCUUGAUGAGUUUCCCCAUAAAAGGGAUCAACAUUAACUAUGGGCAGGCGAUCGAAUUCUGAGGUCAGUCAGGAAUCAUAGAAUCUUAGACUCAAAAGGGCUCGAAAGGACCCUGGAGGUCUUCUAAUCCAGCCCUUUGCUCAAGUCAGGAGAUAACAUAACAUAACAUAACAACAGAGUUGGAAGGGACCUUGGAGGCCUUCUAGUCCAACCCUCUGCCCAGGCAGGAACCCUACACCAUCUCAGUCAGAUGGUUAUCCAACAUUUUCUUAAAAAUUUCCAGUGUUGGAGCAUUCACAACUUCUGCAGGCAAGUCGUUCCACUGAUUAAUUGUUCUAACUGUCAGGAAAUUUCUCCUUAGUUCUAAGUUGCUUCUCUCCUUUAUUAGUUUCCACCCAUUGCUUCUUGUUCUACCCUCAGGUGCUCUGGAGAACAGCCCGACUCCCUCUUCUUUGGGGCAGCCCCUGAGAUAUUGGAACACAGCUAUCAUGUCUCCCCUAGUCCUUCUUUUUAUUAAACUAGACAUACCCAGUUCCUGCAACCGUUCUUCAUAUGUUUUAGCCUCCAGUCCCCUAAUCAUCUUUGUUGCUCUUCUCUGCACUCUUUCUAGAGUCUCAGCAUCUUUUUUACAUCGUGGCGACCAAAACUGGAUGCAAUAUUCCAAGUGUGGCCUUACCAAGGCCUCAUAAAGUGGUAUUAACACUUCACGUGAUCUUGAUUCUAUCCCUCUGUUUAUGCAGCCCAGAACUGUGUUGGCUUUUUUAGCAGCUGCUGCACACGGCUGGCUCCUAUCUAAAUGGUUGUCCACUUGGACUCCAAGAUCCCUCUCACAGGUACUACUAUUGAGCAAGGUACCACAUAUACGGUACCAGUGCAUUUUAUUUUUUUGGCCUAAAUGUAUGUCAUAAAUUUGAUCUUAUGUCAUAAAUUUGCAGCUGAGAUACCUGGUCUCUCUAUAACUGAAUCAAUCGGAAUAGAGCUGUAAAGGGACCUUAGAGAUCUUCUGAUCCAACCCUUUGCUCAAGGCAGGAGAUCCUAUGCCAUUCCAGACAAAUCGUUGUCCAAUCUCUUCUUAAAAAGUGUUGGAGCACCCGCAACCUCUGGUGGCAAGCCGUUCCACUGGUUAAGGGUUCUCCUUGUCAGGAAAUUUCUAGAUGGCUUCCCCUCUUGAUUACAGGCAGUCCUUGACUUCGUUGUUGUUGUUAGUCGCGAAGUCAUGUCUGACCCAUCGCGACCCCAUGGACAACGUUCCUCCAGGCCUUCCUGUCCUCCACCAUCCUCUGGAGUCCAUUGAAGCUCACGCCGACUGCUUCAGUGACUCCAUCCAGCCACCUCGUUCUCUGUCGUCCCCUUCUUCUUUUGCCCUCCAUCGUUCCCAGCAUUCGGCUCUUCUUCAGUGAGUCCUUCCUUCUCAUUAGGUGGCCAAAGUAUUUGAGUUUCAUCUUCAGGAUCUGGCCUUCUAAAGAGCAGUCAGGGUUGAUCUCCUCUAGGACUGACAGGUUGGAUCGCCUUGCAGUCCAAGGGACUCGCAGGAUUCCCUUGGAUCGAUUGAUCUAUAUCUAUCUGUCUGUCUAUCUAUCUAUCUAUCUAUCUAUCUAUCUAUCUAUCUAUCUAUCUAUCUAUCUAUCCAUCUAUCUGUCUAUUUAUCAUAGUUGUUAGUUACGAAGUCGUAUCCGACCCAUCGCGACCCCAUGGACAACAUUCCUCCAGGCCUUCCUGUCCUCCACCAUCCUCUGGAGUCCAUUGAAGCUCACGCCAACUGCUUCAGUGACUCCAUCCAGCCACCUCGUUCUCUGACGUCCUGUUCUUCUUUUGCCCUCAAUCUUUCCCAGCAUUCGGCUCUUCUCCAGUGAGUCCUUCCUUCUCAUUAGGUGGCCAAAGGAUUUCAGUUUCCUCUUCAGGAUCUGGCCUUCUAAAGAGCAGUCAGGGUUGAUCUCCUCUAGGACUGACCGGUUGGAUCGCCUUGCAGUCCAAGGGACUCGCAGGAGUCUUCUCCAGCACCAGAGUUCAAAGGCCUCCAUUCUUUGGCGCUCAGCCUUCCUUAUGGUCCAACUUUCACAGCCAUCCAUUGCAACUGGGAAACCAUAGCCUUGACUAGACGCCCUUUUGUUGGCAGGGUGAUGUCUCUGCUUUUUAGUACGCUGUCUAGAUUGGCCAUAGCUUUCCACCGAAGGAGCAAAGUAAUGAGUAAGUCCUUGACUUGCAACAGUUUAUUUAGUGACCAAAGUUACAACAGAACUAAAAAACAAGUGACUUAUGAUUGUUUUUCACACUUACAACCAAUAUCUCCCCGGUUACAUGAUCAAAAUUCAGAAUUUAAAAUUUUUCGAAAAAAGGAAAAAAGGGACCAAAAGAUUAUACAUUAAACUUGUGAGGAAAAACGAUCUCCGACUUUCUUUUGGGACAGAGCU